CUCUAAAUAAACUUGAGAACUACUUAACCUUUGGCUGUUCCUAGGGUUUUCCGGUUUUACAUAAACCCUUCAUCUCCCUCAAGUAUAGGCAGCACGAACAAUGAGUUUAAUUGCAGGUUCAUACGAGAGAUUCAUUUGGGGAUUCAAACUAAAAUCCCCUAAAGACGAUCAAAAUUACUCACUUACCCCUCUCUUCUCAUUCCCUUCACAUCUCUCACCCAUAAAAUGCACCGCCGUCGCCGGUUCCGCCGCCGUAUCCGGCGGCGCCGAUGACACUAUCAAAAUCUACGACCUCUCAACUUGCUCCGAAAUAGGUUCCCUCCAUCACACCUCAACUAUAACUUCACUUUCCUUUUUUACCCCUCAUUCGUAUUCUUUUCCCCGUAACCUAAUUGCUGGUUCUGAAGAUGGGUCCGUUUCGAUAUACGAUGCGGACCCGUUUGUUCAGUUAAAGACUGUGAAAAUUCAUCGUAAGGGAGUUAAUUCUAUUUGUGUUCAUCCGUCAGGGAGGUUGGCUUUGAGUGUAGGCAGAGAUGAAUGUAUGGCUAUGGUUAAUUUGGUUAGAGGUAGGAGGAGUUUUUACUGUAGGUUGGGUAAAGAAGCUUCCUUGAUUAGUUUUAGUGAUGGUGGUGAAAAGUUUUUUACUGUUAUGGAUGAGAAAAUUACUGUACAUGAAUCUGAAGAUGCUAAGAUUGUUUUAGAGAUUGGUAAUGAUAAGAAGGUGCUUUGUGCGACACCCGGUAUGAAGGGUGUUUUGUUUACUGGUGGAGAGGAUAAGAGUGUUAAAGCUUGGGAUGUAAGUAGUGGGAAAGUUGCGUAUAGUAUUGAAGAUGCACAUUCGACUCGUGUGAAGGGUAUUGUUGUGUUGCAUAAAGACAAUGAUGGUGGUGAAGAUCAUGAGCAUAUAGUAGCAUCUGCAUCGUCGGAUGGGGUUAUACGUGUUUGGGAUGUUCGUAUGACUAGCAAAGAUAAGGCGAUUCCACUUGCUGAGGCUAAUACAAAAUCUAGGCUCACUUGUCUUGCUGGAUCAUCCAUCAAAUCGGUGAAAGCACCGCAGGUUGGAAAUACUAGCCAAGAAUCCUAGUGCUGUAAUUUUCCUUUAAAUGUUUUCCCCUUAAAGUUGUUUGAAUCAUACCAAUUUUGUUUGUUAAAGGUGGAUCACUCAAUAUAUCUUUCUUGACCUUUUUGGCUGAGAUUAAGGUGGAUCCGUCAGAUAUAUUUUAUGGUUCUCGUAGUACGUGUAUGAUUUUAAUGUGCAAGAGUGUUUGAUUUUUGUUAGUAUAAUGAGUGACAAUAAGAAGUAUAUUACUGCUUAGGUGUUAAUUUAUUUGCUUUAUUUUA